AGAGACGAGAGAUCCCUCUUCCUGCGGUCAGCUAUAUGUGACAGCCAGAACGGGCGCAUUGUCUUUCCUAUUUCAUUUUAUUCUCCCCCCCCCCCUCUGUAAAACACUCGAUACGACGUCCGUAGCUUUGCGUCUUACCCACCUUGGACUAAGGCUCGGCGCGGUCUUCUGUAACAUGGGCACCAGGGACGAUGAAUACGAUUUCUUGUUCAAAGUCGUUCUUAUCGGAGACUCGGGUGUCGGAAAGAGUAACCUUCUCUCCCGCUUCACACGGAACGAGUUCAACCUGGAGAGCAAGAGCACGAUUGGGGUGGAGUUUGCAACCCGCAGCAUCCAGGUGGAUGGCAAGACGAUAAAGGCGCAGAUUUGGGACACAGCCGGCCAGGAGCGCUACAGAGCCAUCACCUCUGCAUACUACCGGGGGGCAGUCGGCGCCCUGCUGGUGUACGACAUCGCCAAGCACCUGACCUACGAGAACGUGGAGCGCUGGCUGAAAGAACUGCGGGACCACGCCGACAACAACAUCAUCAUCAUGCUGGUGGGCAACAAGAGCGACCUGCGACACCUGAGGGCAGUGCCCACUGACGAGGCGCGCGCUUUCGCAGAGAAGAAUAAUCUCUCAUUUAUUGAGACCUCGGCUCUGGAUUCAACCAACGUGGAGGAGGCAUUCAAGAACAUUCUAACAGAGAUCUACCGCAUCGUAUCACAGAAGCAGAUCGCCGACCGGUCGGCCCACGAUGAGUCGCCGGGCAACAAUGUGGUGGACAUCAGCGUCCCACCCACCACAGACGGGCAGAAAGGCAACAAACUGCAGUGCUGCCAAAACCUGUAACCAUGACAACCAACCAUCAGUCCUACCCAACUGCCCCAAGUCACUCAUCUCCAAUUCUCUCUCUCUACGUGUCGUGCCGCCGACAAUUUAUUUGUGUAAUAUAUAUAUAUUUUUUCUUUUUGAUAGCU